GCGAGUUCAGCAAGCAUGCAAGCUUGUAAUAUUUACAACGGCAAAGAAAACAUCCAUGAAUACCACGGAUGUAUCAAAACUUGUAAGCAAAAGUAUUCGCAAUCUAAUAUCCGCCGGGCAUUGUCACGAUAUACUUAAGAAGGCUUCAAGUCACUUGGCAGCCAAGUACGUGCACGUGCUUCCCGGCCGCAUACAACAGUAUAUCCAAUCCACCGUAGGAUCUGAUAUGGAAGCCCUGGGAAUACUCAAAGGUUUAGAUUCGCUCACGCCAACUCUGUACAUCAACUUUCCUGCCGGAAGGCUGAAGCUAUUCGGCGCCCUGGCUAUGCUUCAAAAUAAUUAUCUGGUAGCGCAAUUUAAUAAGCAUAACGUGAGUGUCGGUGACGCCAUUGAUUCGCUAGUUGUUUAUUCUGAGUGCUGUUGGGUGGGAACUGCCGAGGAAAAUGCGGACGAGAAGCCCUUGCCUAUGCCGGAAAGCAUCGUGAAGAUGCUUGAACCUGCAGCUGCACUAUCAGACGAAAAUCUGAAAACCCAAACGGAGCGACCGCUGGUGGUGAGUGACGACAACACCGACACUGAAGAGCCAUCAGCAAUCUUAAUUUCAGAUGAAGUGUCCUAUGCAGAUAUGGAUAUCGAGAAGGGCUCAUCGGGCGACGCACAGAGCGAUUCUGAGAACGAAAUCCGUCCGAGUGGGCCUAGGUAUGUCAUUGGUAAGAAAUCGCCCCUGAAGCCGACAGACGAACCAAAACCACAGUCGAAAAAGUCGCUACUUGAAGGAUUACCGCGGACUGGCAACGUUGUUAGCAAGACAAAGGUGAGCGAGAAAUCGGAGAGUGACAGCGACAACGAGAGUGGGGAGGAUGUUGAUGAUGAAGACGAAGAGCCGGAAUACAUACCAAAACCCACGUCGAGAGGUAAGCGUACACUGCCCGCGGAUAGCGAAUCGGACGCUGAGACUGAAUAUGUGCCAAGGAAGACUGCACGCACUAGUCAGACCAAGAGGAAAGCUACCAACGGUACUACGAAUAAUGAGGACACCAACAGCCCGCCAGCUCCCAAGCAAUCUCCACGUAAGGCUGCGAACACAAAAAAGGUUCAAGCGUCCAAGAGCCAAAGCGUUCUAGCAAAGAACGAACCAAACAGUAGAAAAAUGAAACAAGGAACGUUGACCAGCAUGAUACAAAAUUCAACUGCGAACCCCAAAUCAAGUGAGAAUGCGCAGUCAAGGACAAGUGCGAAGAAGGCAACAAGUAAACGGAGCUCAGAAUUCAUCGAGAUCGAUGUCGAUAGUGACGAUCCGUUCUCACUGGACGUGAAAGUCAUAUCAACGCAAAGCCCAUUCAAAAAGACACCUUUCGAUGUUUGA